UUUCUCUUUGUCUCACUCACGCUUAUUCAUUCAUUCAUUAUCUCUAUGUGGAGUCGACGACUCGCUUAGUUUCAUAUACUUUCGGUCCCUCGAUCACUUCUUAUUCAAAUUUGGACCACCAUAUAUUCCAACCCUCCGCUUCUGUAUAUCUCUAUCUCUUCGUUUAUCUAUAUAUAUAUCUAACUAUCUAAGCCAGAGUACAAAUUACUGAACCAGACAACGCCAGUGAGAUAGAGGUCUGAUAUAUUCUGAGAUCCUAAAUAAAGCAGCCAAAUAAUGGCUUUGAUGAAAUUUGGUUUUCUGGUUAUUAGUUAUUUGUGCAUAGCAGCAUCGCCGCAAAUUAGUGCAUCAACAGCAGAUUAUAAGAACGCGUACGAGGCACAGAAAGCAGACAGAGUGAUAGGACUGCCGGGUCAGCCUCCGGUCAAGUUCGACCAAUACGCAGGCUACGUAACCGUCAACGAGACUCACGGAAGAGCCCUCUUCUACUGGUUCUUUGAAGCUGUCAAAACCCCUCAGGACAAACCACUCGUCCUUUGGCUCAAUGGAGGUCCUGGAUGUUCCUCAAUUGGGUAUGGAGCAUCAGAGGAGUUAGGCCCUUUCUUCCCUCAAAAGGGCGCCAAACCCAAGCUCAAGUACAACCCUUACACCUGGAACAAUGCUGCCAAUUUAUUGUUUUUGGAGUCUCCUGUGGGUGUCGGAUUUUCUUACACCAAUACUACCAAAGAUAUCAGCCAACUUGGGGACACCAUUACAGCUGAGGAUUCACACAAAUUUCUCAUCAACUGGUUUAAAAGGUUCCCACAAUACAAGUCCCAUGACUUCUAUAUCACCGGAGAAAGCUAUGGAGGGCAUUAUGUUCCACAACUCUCUGAGCUCGUUUACGACCGUAACAAAAACGCAUCCAAGGAGACCUAUAUAAACUUCAAGGGAUUUAUGAUUGGUAAUGCAGCAAUAGACGAUGAAACGGAUCAGAAAGGAUUGAUUGAUUAUGCUUGGGAUCACGCGGUGAUUUCUGAUCGGCUGUACGAUGACAUUAAGAAAGAAUGCAACUUCAAUCUGCAAAACGUAUCCAAAGUGUGUAAUAACCUGUUGGAUGAGUACUUUGAUGUGUACAAAAUCAUAGACAUGUACAGCUUGUACACUCCCACUUGUGUCGAUGAUAAUAACACUCUAUCUCUCCCCACCACUCAGCAACACUUCCGCGCCAUUGAAGGCGCUCCCGCUUUGUUUUCUAGAGCUGAAGGACGGGGCAAGAGACCAGAAGGGUAUGACCCUUGUGCAUCAGAUUACACUUAUUUGUACUUUAAUAAUCCACAAGUCCAAAAGGCUCUGCAUGCCAAUGUCACUGGCAUUCCCUAUCCGUGGACUCACUGCAGCGAUAACAUCACCUUCUGGAAGGAUGCACCACCAUCAAUUCUUCCUGUGAUCCGAAAGCUUGUAGAUGCUGGUCUCCGCGUCUGGAUUUAUAGUGGUGAUACUGACGGCAGAGUUCCAGUGACAUCAACUAGAUACGCGUUGAAGAAACUCGGAUUGAAGAUCAAGCAAGAUUGGACUCCUUGGUACAACAGCAAACAGGUUGGCGGGUGGACAGUUGCAUACGACGGGCUUAUGUUUGUGACAAUUAGAGGCGCAGGUCAUGAAGUUCCAAUGUUUGCACCAAGGCAGGCGCUCAUCCUCUUCAACCACUUCCUGGCUGAUAGGAAUCUCCCACCCAAACCAUUUUAACAUCAUCAAUCUUCCCUUUUUCGUUUUGUCAAUAAAUAGAUCAUGAACUUGCUCUGUCCCUGACCUAUAGAGCUUAGGGACUUUCGAUUUUAUUAGUCAGAAUCCAAGAUAACAAGGGCAUUGUUUAUUUGGUGACAUUCAAAUUAGUUAAAAGAACAAAACAUGGCAGAAUGAAACAGAAAUGAACUCUUUUUCUUUUUCACUACUCAAGUUUUUCUUUUUUAUAAGUCAUACAUCAACUUGGUUCUAAAGUUGUAAAAUAGGUUCCCAGAGUAGUAAUAAUACUAGUUCUC